UCCUUAGCGUGCGCCCAGGCUUGGAAGAAGAAGAGUUAAAUCUUAAAAAUAACUUCAAAACCUGCUGGACUUUCCAGCCCCAAACUGCACGAUGGGACCGGGGCGGGAAAGCCCCGCUGGCAGCGUUUCGGUCCGCCCUUCGACCCGCGCUGCGCAGUCCGGAUAUCCCCACCGACUCCGAAGGGUCGCGGCGGAUCCGGAGGCGCAGCGCUGGAGCCGCAUCCCCGCACCACGCAGCUGCGGACCAGCAGCCUCCCUGCCGCUCCCUCUCACCGCGGCGGUUUCGGUUUCGUUUCCCCGCGUGAUUUCCAGGAAAGCCUCCGCCGCUCUAUAAAAGCCCGGCCCCGGGGUGGAACCGUCCGGUCCGGACGCCGCGGAGCCAUGGCAGCGCUGGACAGCGAGGGGGACGCCCAGAAGCUGCGCUUCGGGCCCUGGCUGCUGAACGCCGUCAGCAGCGGGCAGUACCACGGCCUCUGCUGGAUCGACCCGGCCCGCCGUAUCUUCCGCAUCCCCUGGAAGCACAACGCCCGGAAGGAUGUCACCAGCAGCGACGUGGAGAUCUUCAAGGCCUGGGCGAAAGCCAGUGGAAGGUACGAGGGGAAUGCUGAGGAUCCAGCCAAAUGGAAGACCAACUUCCGCUGUGCCCUGAGGAGCACCCACAUGUUCACGCUGCUGGAGGACCGCUCCAAGUGCAACAACGACCCGCACAAGGUCUAUGCAGUUGCCUCAGCCAUCCUCAAUGAGAGAGGUUCUGGGGGCCCUGUGUCAGAUGCCCCGCUGCAACAGCCCCAGCCGCAGCUGUUGCUCAACCACCAUGAUUUGGCCUCGGAAAACACUCCCACAGACAGUGCUGAAGGUGCUGCUGCACCAGCCCUGAUGCAGGAGGAUUUGGACGCUUUGCAGUCCAUACUGCAGCAAUGCAACAUCUCUGUCCUCAGCUCCCAGACAGCCCUCUGGGCACAUGCAGGGGAUGCCUUGCCAGAGGAUGCUCUGCUGCUUUCUGGCCCAGGUGGCUGCCUCCCUGUGCCACUGUUCCAGGAUUGGAGGCACCUGGAGGAGCAGGGCACCUGCAGCCCCCCGGAGUCCCUGCUGCUGGCUGACCAGCCCCUCCCAGGUGGGGGCUGCGGGCAGGAUGGGGCCGGGGGCCCCUCUGUGAGUGAGGAAUGUGCCAUCCCUGCGCCAUCCCCGGGUGAGCAGCUACUCUUCCAGCCUGCCAACCCCGCGCCUCCGCCACUGGCGGGUGACACAGGAGAGCUGCCCCCCAUCUUGGACAUCACUAUCUACUACCGAGGGAAGGUGGUCUACCAGGAGCAGGUGGUCGACAGCCGGUGGGUGCUGGCCUACCAGCCCCUGGACCCGGCGGUGGCCGAGCAGCGGCUGGUGCUGUUCCCCAGCCCCGAGACCCUGGUCGACCCCAGGCAGCGGCACUACACUGAGGACUUGCUGGGGGUGGCGGGGCUGCGGCUGGAGCAGCGUGCCGGCCAGCUCCUGGCCACUCGCUUGAAGAAGUGCAAGGUCUUCUGGGCCUUGUCACAGCAGCUCGAGGGCGGGGAACCCCCUCUCAAUCUGCUCCACCGGGACCAGGAGACCACCAUCUUUGACUUCAGUGUGUUUUGCACAGAGCUCCGGGACUUCCGUGACAGCCGCAGGGAGCGCUCCCCCGACUUCACCAUCUUCCUCUGCUUUGGGCAGUGCUUCUCCAGCACGAAGCCCAAGGAAUCCAAGCUCAUCCUGGUGAAGCUGGUGCCCAAGUUCUGCGAGUACUGGUAUGAGCAGGUGCAGCGGGAAGGAGCCUCCUCCCUCAACAGCGGCAAUGUCAGCCUGCAGCUCUCUGACUCCUUCAACCUCUUCGAGCUUAUUGAGCAAUACCACAUGCAGACAGAUUGACGCUCCCUUCCUGUGUUCCUCCCCCCACCUCUGCUGCCUUGCAAAGAGUUUUCUGGCUCUGCUCAGUCAGCAUUGGGCUGGUUUCACUGUUAUAGAGGAGAAAAGAGCAGCAUUUGCAUCUACUCCUGGGCACAUCUUGCUAUCCUGCUCGAGCCGUGAGUGCUGGCUGAGGGUCAACACAUGAAAUGAGCAGCCAGCAGUGGAGCCAGUCCAGGAACUCUCCACUCCUCCAAAAGCUGCUGCAAAAAGCUUGGUGGUUGGGAAAGCCUUUUCUCUGACUGCACAGCGCUUCAACCCCCCUUGCACCAGCAUGGUGUGCAGUGGGGUUCCUUCCUUCCUCCUUCGCCCCCAGGUGGACCUGGAGCUGGCACGUGGCUUUUUCCAACAGCUAUCUGGAGUUUUUGGGGAUUGUGGUUCUUUACAGAUAUACUUUUCUGAAGUUUUGUAAGGUUAAAUGUAUAUCUAUAUAAAGGUGCUUCCCACUCACUGGUGUUGCAUAGCCCCCUAAAUGUAUCCUUUUUGUAUCGCAAGUCAGCACAUUUAUUUAUGCAUUUAUUGCCCUGCAGUAAAGAUGUAAGUGGUACUUGUAAA